CUCCUGGCUCAGAGUUUCAUUGGCAGUGAGAACUGGGCUGUCUUCCAGUGUUCAUCAAAAUCUAGCCUGGCCAGACGUGGCAGUCAGUUGGACACGUUCGAAAUCUCCACCCAAAUGGUGUGAUUUCUGCUUUCGGUUCCACUGGCACCGUGGUGUGUUUUGGAGAGUCAAGGGCCUCUUUCCCCGUAACGGAAGCCAGAGCAGCUGUGGCAGGGGCCGGAACCUGACCUCCACCCCCGACUACAAUCACUUGGAGAUUCAGCAGCAGUACAGCCAGAUCAACAUGCGCUGGGAAGCCUCGGACGAUGAGCUGGACAACGACAACAGCUCUGCACGGCUCUUUGAGAGAUCUCGCAUCAAAGCUCUGGCAGAUGAGCGGGAAGCUGUGCAGAAGAAAACCUUCACCAAGUGGGUGAACUCACACCUUGCUCGAAUGACCUGCCGCAUUUCCGAUCUCUACAUGGACCUCCAAGACGGGCGGAUGCUUAUCAAGCUCCUGGAAGUGCUUUCAGGAGAGUCCCUGCCCAAGCCCACCAAGGGCCGGAUGCGCAUCCACUGCUUGGAGAACGUGGACAAGGCACUGCAGUUCCUCAAGGAGAAACAUGUGCACCUGGAGAACAUGGGCUCCCACGACAUUGUGGACGGCAACCACCGACUGGUGCUGGGUCUCAUCUGGACCAUCAUCCUCCGCUUCCAGAUCGAAGGCAUCAUCAUGCAGAUUCCAGAAGGCCGUGAGACGUGCUCUGCCAAGGAAGCACUGCUGCUCUGGUGUCAGAUGAACACCGCAGGCUAUCCCCAUGUUAAUGUGACCAACUUCACCUCCAGCUGGAAGGACGGCCUGGCCUUCAACGCCCUGAUCCACAAGCACAGGCCCAACUUGAUCGACUUUAAGAACCUGGAGCAUUCAAACGCCCGGCACAACUUGGAGCAUGCCUUCAGUGUGGCAGAGCAGCAGCUGGGCAUCACCCAGCUCCUUGACCCAGAAGAUGUCUUCACGGAGAACCCCGAUGAGAAAUCCAUCAUCACCUAUGUGGUGGCGUUUUACCACUACUUCUGCAAGAUGAAGGCUCUGGAGGUGAAAGGGAAACGGGUUCGCAAGGUGAUGGACCACUUGAUGGAGAUGAAGAGUAUGAUUGAGAAGUACAAAGAGCUGGCUUCUGACCUGCUGACCUGGAUCGAGCAAACCAUCACCGUUCUCAACAGCCGCACGUUUGCCAACUCCCUGACGGGGGUGCAGCAGCAGCUGCAGUGUUUCAGCACCUACCGAACCGUGGAAAAGCCCCCCAAGUUCGAGGAGAAGGGGGAUCUCGAGGUUUUGCUAUUCACCAUCCAGUCCCGGAUGCGAGCUAACAACCAGAAAGUUGACAUCCCUCACGAAGAGAGACUCAUGUCCGACAUCAACCGGGCCUGGGAAUGGCUGGAGAAGGCGGAGCAUGAGCGGGAGCUGGCCCUGAGAAACGAGCUCAUUCGGCAGGAGAAGCUGGAGCAGCUGGCCAGGCGCUUCGACCGCAAGGCGGCCAUGCGGGAGACGUGGCUGAGUGAAAACCAGCGCCUGCUGGCCCAGGAUAAUUUCGGCUGCGACCUGCCAGCGGUGGAGGCUGCCAAGAAGAAGCAUGAGGCCAUUGAGACAGACACGGCGGCCUACAAGGAGCGGGUGCAGGCCAUCGAGGAGGUGGCCCGGGAGCUGGAGGCAGAGAACUACCAUGACAUCAAGCGCAUCAAGGCCCGGAAGGACAACGUCCUUCAUCUGUGGGACUACCUGCUGGAGCUGCUCCACGCCCGGCGCCAGCGGCUCGAGAUGAAUCUGACACUGCAGCAGCUCUUCCAGGACAUGCUUCAAGGCAUCAACUGGAUGGACGAGAUGAAGGCACGUCUCUUAUCGCCCAAGUUCGGCAAGCACCUGCUGGAAGCGGAGGACCUGCUGCAGAAGCACAAGCUGCUGGAAGCUGACAUGGCCCUCCAGGUGGAGAAGGUGCACGCCAUGAGCGCGGCAGCCCUUGCAUUUGCCAACGGUGACGGCUAUCGGCCGUGUGACCCCAAGGUCAUCCGCGACCGCGUCAACUACCUGGAGCAGUGCUACCAGGAGCUGCUGGCGAUGGCGGCCGAGAGGAAGGCUCGCCUGGAGCAGUCCAAGCGCCUGUGGAAGUUCUUCUGGGAGCUGGACGAGGCGGAGAGCUGGAUCAAGGAGAAAGAGCAAAUCUAUUCCUCCUUGGAUUACGGGAAAGACCUGACCAGCCUCCUCACCCUGCAGCGGAAACACAAGGCCUUUGAGGACGAGCUGCGGGGCCUAGGCGCCCACCUCCAUCAAACCAUCCAGGAUGGGGAAGACAUGGUGGCCCAGAAGCACUUUGACUCCUCCAAGAUCCGAGGCAGGAUGGAGGAGGUGAAGGCACUGUGGGCUCAGCUCCAGGAGCUGGCCUCAUUCCGCAAGAAGAACCUGCAGGAUGCCGAGAGCUUCUUCCAGUUCCAGGUGGACGCGGACGACCUGAAGGCCUGGCUGCAAGACGCCCAUCGCCUGGUGUCCAGCGAUGAGGUGGGCCACGAUGAGUCCUCCACGCAGGCCCUGGUCAGAAAGCACCGAGACCUACUGGAUGAGGUGGCGGACAACAAGAGAGUGAUGGACAGCCUGAGCCAGCAGGCCCAGAGCUUCCCGGCCGAGCUGCGGGGCGCCCCGGAGUUCCAGGCCCUCUACGCCGAGGUGGUGUCCCUGGCUGAGCUGCGCAGGCAGAAGCUGCAGGAUGCUCUGGACCUCUACACGAUCUUCAGUGAGACGGAUGCCUGCGAACUCUGGAUGAGUGAGAAGGAGAAGUGGCUGGAGCAGAUGGAGAUCCCAGACCCGCUGGAGGACUUGGAUGUAGUGCAGCACAGGUUUGACAUCCUGAAGCAGGAGAUGAGCACGCUAGCCUCCCAGACUGACGGCGUCAACCGCGCAGCCGCCAGCCUCAUCGAGAGUGGGCACCCGCGCAGCAACCGCAUCAGGCAGUGCCAGGAGCGUCUGAUCACCAGGUGGCAUGUCUUCCAGGAGAAGGUGGGGCAGCGGCAGAAAGCGGUGGACUUGGCACUGAGCCUGCACAAUUACUGUGUGGACUGCAAGGAGACCCGCAAAUGGAUCCUGGACAAAACCAAAGUGAUCCAGUCCACCCAGGAGAUGAGCAGAGACCUGGCGGGCAUGAUCGCCAUCCAGAGGAAGCUGUACGGCAUCGAGCGUGACUUGGCCACCAUCCAGACCCGGCUGGGAGUGCUGCAGGAGGAGGCCCGCCGGCUGGCUGAGGAGCUCCCUGACCUGGCCUCCGACAUCUACAGCCACCUGACCACCAUCAAUGGCCUCUGGCAGGAGCUGCAGAGAACGCUGCAGAGUCAGGAGGCCUCGCUCGGGGAGGCCAGCAAGCUGCAGAAGUUCCUGCAAGAUCUGGAUGACUUCCAGGCCUGGCUGUUUAAGGCACAGCAGACCGUGGCUUCGGAAGAGGUGCCCAGCUCCCUGGCCGAGGCGGAGCAGUUCCGACAGGAGCACACCGCUAUCAAGGAGGACAUUGACCGGCAUGAGGCCGACUACCGCAACGUCAAGGAGACGGGGGAAGGGGUGACGCGCGGGCAGACAGACCCGGAGUACCUGCAGCUGCAGCAACGGCUCCAGGGCAUGGAGAUGGGCUGGAGCGACCUGUGCAAGAUGUGGGACAGCCGGGAGAAGUUCCUCGCCCAGUGUCUGGGCUUCCAGGAGUUCCUCAAGGACAGCAAACAAGCCGAAGUCAUCCUGAGCAAUCAGGAGUACACCCUGGCUCACAUGGAGCCCCCGAACACCUUGGACGCGUCAGAAGCUGCCCUGCGGAAAUACGAGGAUUUCCUGGCCACUAUGGAGGCCAACAAGGAGAAGAUAACAGGGCUGGUGGAAAGCGGCAAGAAGCUGGUGGCGGACGGGAAUAUUUACGCCGACAAAAUUAAUGUAAAGGUCCAGGUCAUACAAGAGAGGUCCAGGAUGAAUGUGGCUAAAGCGAAGGAAGUGCUGGUUCUGCUGAAGGACAAUCACAACCUGCAGAGCUUCUUGCAAAACUGCCAGGAGCUCACCCUCUGGAUUGAUGAGAAAAUACUGACGGCUCAGGACGCAUCCUAUGACGAAGCCCGGAAUCUGCACAGCAAGUGGCUGAAGCACCAGGCCUUCAUGGCUGAGUUGGCCUCUCACCAAGGCUGGCUGGAGAAAGUGGAUGAGGAGGGGCAGCAGCUGAUCCGGGAGAAGCCCCAGUUUGGUGUGGUGGUCUCACAGAGGCUGACAGAGCUGCACCGGCUCUGGGACAAGCUCCAGUCGACAACAGAGGAGAAGGCCCAACACCUCUUCGAUGCCCACCGCUCAGAUCUGUAUGCGCAGAGCUUUUCUGACCUGGACAGGUGGAUAGGAGAAAUGGACACGCAGCUGCAGUCAGACGAACAGAGCACCGACCUGACAAGCACCAACAGGCUGCUAAAGAAGCUGAUGAGACUCGAUGAGCAAGUGAGCACGCGGAAGAGAGAGAUGGAAGAGCUGCUGUCGCAGGCCCCUCCACCCAGAGGGGAUGUGCACGAGGCCGACAGCAAGCAGCAGAGCAUCGAGAGAAGGUUUCUGGAUCUCCUGGAGUGCUUGGGGAAGAGGAGGAAGGAGCUGGAGUCGUCCAGAGCCAAGUACCAGCUCAACCGGGAUCUGGCAGACGAAACGCUCUGGGUGCAGGAGAGGCUGCCCCUGGCCAAAUCCACUGACCACGGCACCAACCUCCAGAUCGUGCAGCUUCUGAUGAAGAAAAAUCAGACACUGCAGAAGGAGAUCGCGGGCCAUUCCCCGCGGGUGGAGGACGUCCUGUGCAGAGCUGAGCGCAUGGUAGCGGCGGCCGACGGGGACUGCAGCGCCAUGGAGGAGCAGCGGAGGGUGCUGAAGGAGUCAUGGAGCACGUUGCAGGAGGAGACGAGGAGGAGGUGGCAGCGGCUGCAGCAGGCGAACGAGGCCCAGCAGUACUACCUGGACGCCGGAGAGGCGGAGGCCUGGAUCAGCGAGCAAGAGCUCUACAUGGCGGCUGAUGAGAAACCAGAGGAUGAAGAGAGCAACAUCGUUAUGCUGAAGAGACAUUUCCAACAGCAGAGCACCAUGGAGGAUUAUGGCAAAAACAUCAAGCAGCUGGCUGGCAGGGCGCAGAUGCUCUCCGCAGGCCAUCCGGAGGGGGAGCAGAUCAUCCGGCUGCAGGGGCGGGUGGAGAAGCAAUAUGCGGGGCUGAAGGACCUGGCAGAGAAGCGCUUGCACAGGCUGGAGGACAUGUACCACCUGUUCCAGCUGAAGCGGAAGGUGGACGACCUGGAGCAGUGGAUCACGGAGCGCGACAUGGCCGCCUCCUCCCAGGAGAUGGGGCAGGAUUACGACCAUGUCAUUCUGCUGCGGGAGAAGUUCCGGGACUUUGCGCGGGACACGGGCAGCAUGGGGCAGAAGCACGUGGACAGAGUGAACCUGGACAUCCAGCAUAUGAUCGGUAAUGACCACUCGGAGGCCGCCACCAUGGCCGUGUGGAAGGAUGAGCUGAACGAGAGCUGGGCCGACCUGCUGGAACUCAUUGACACGCGCAUGCAGCUGCUGGCCACAUCCUACGAGCUGCACAAGUACUGCUACGAUGGCACCGAGAUCCUGGGGCUCAUCCAGGAGAAGCAGCGGGAGCUGCCCACGGAGCUGGGCCAGGACGCCCACACCGCCGAGUCCUUCCACCGCAUGCACACAGCCUUUGAGAAUGACAUCCGCCUGCUGAAGGGGCAGGUCCAGCAGUUCCGGGAAGUAGCAGCACGGCUGCAGACAGCCUAUGCGGGAGAAAAAGCCAACAUGAUCCAGAGGCAAGAGCAGGAGGUGGUGAGGGCCUGGGAGGCCCUGCUGGAUGCCAGCAGCAGGCGGCAGGCACAGCUGGUGGAUACGGCUGAGAAAUUCCGCUUCUUCAGCAUGGUCCGGGACCUCCUGUCUUGGAUGGAGAGCAUCACCCGGCAGAUUGAAGCCGAGGAGAAGCCCAGAGAUGUCUCAUCCGUGGAGUUGCUGAUGAAAUACCACCAGGGGAUCAAGUCUGAGAUUGAAACCAGGCAGAACAACUUCACCAGCUGCGACGACCUGGGGGAGAAGCUGCAGCGCAGAUACCAAGCAAGCGCUGAGAUCAAGGAGAAGCUGCAGCAGCUGAGGGAGAAGAGGUGUGAGAUGAUGAAGAAGUGGGACAGACACUGGUGCUGUCUCUGCCGCUUGCUUGAAGUAUGCCAGUUCUACAGGGAUGCCUCGGUGGCCGAGGCCUGGCUGAUUGCCAAGGAGCCAUACCUGGCCAGCGGUGACUAUGGACAGACAGUGGACAGUGUCGAGAAGCUGCUGAAAAGGCACGGUGCCUUUGAGAAAUCCACCACCACAUGGGAGGAGCGCUUCGCCGCACUGCAGAGGCUGACCACGCUGGAGUUGCUAGUGAAGCAGAAGCCCCAAGAGGAGUCCACGCAGUGCAAAGCCUCCUGGACCGUCGACCCCCAGUGCAACUUUGAUCCCGGGGCUUUGGAAGCACUGAAGUCUCAGGAAGAAAAAGAUAAGAAAAAGGGGGUAAUUUCACAGGACCACUCUGAACCUGCUACAGGAGACUCAUCACCGCAGGUGGAAGAGGAGAAAGCAGACCCAGCCCAGGCCCCGGCGGAGCCAACUGAGGCCAAGCAGUCCGAAAUGAAGAUGAAAGUGGACAACGAGGAGCCUUCCACCACGGACCCGCUGUUCAAAGUCCUCCAGACGCCUGUGAGUGAGCUCGACGAGACCGCUACACUGCCCACGCAGCUGGACUGCUCGCACAGCCUCCAGAUGGAGGGCUACCUGGGCCGCAAACAUGAACUGGAGGCUCCUAACAAGAAGGCUUCAAACAGGUCCUGGAACACGCUGUACUGUGUGCUCCGGAGCAGCGAGCUGGCCUUCUACAAGGAUGCCAAGAGCUUAGCCUUGGGAGUGCCUUACCAUGGGGAGGAGCCCUUCCAGCUGAGGAACGCCCUCUGCGAUGUAGCCACUGGCUACAAGAAGAAGAAGCACAUCUUCAAGCUGAGGCUUGGCAAUGGCAGUGAGUGGCUCUUCCAUGGCAAGGACGAGGAGGAGAUGCACACAUGGCUGCAGGGGCUCAGCACAGCAAUAACAGAAGCCCAAAACGUGAAAGCCAAGGCGCUGAGCCUGCCUCUGCCCUCCAGCACCGCCACGGACAUCAGCCUGGCCAAGAAAGACAAAGAGAAAAGAUUCAUCUUCUUUCCCAAAAAGAAAUAACCCGAGAGGUGGCCGAGGGCAGCCCACUCAGUUGCCUAAGAACUGUGCAUGGGGGAGCAUCUGCGGGCGUGCUGGGCCCAGCCACCACCCCCACACACCUCCGGCAGCAGCUGCUGGUGCUCACAACACAGCCCUGCCUCCAGUGCCUGGGCUCAGCCCCACGACCCGUUCUGCUCCCAUGCUGCACUGAGCCAGCCUUGCGGGGGCCGAGGAGUGGUGUCUGCUGAAGGCCAGUGCUGGGUGUGCUGGCACAGGGCCCUUUCCUGUGGGACACGCGUUGCAUCGCCCACGGCCAGAGAUCCACACAGGCGUCUGGCGGAGGAGGCACCAUCUCAGCAAGACCACGCAGUGCUGGGGACGCACUGCCCAGGACAGGAUGGAGGCAGCGAGCUUCCCAAACUGCCGCUCUGACAAGGUGCCAUGACUGCCCACAACAGGCGCAUCGCCGGGCACCGUGGCUGCAGCAGGGCUGCCUGCAGCCACUCGGGGUCGACAGUCACACAUGGCUGGGCAGAUCUGCCAGUCUUUCCAGCAGGGGGCGUGAGGUGUGCUUGCGUGCACUGUCUCUCGGACCCCCCCCCACACACACACACCCCGAGCCACAACCCACAGAGAGCCCUUUGUCAGACAAGCCAUGCGCAGCCAAGAGCAAACGUUUGCCCUAAAUUAAGGUGGAAGAGAAUGGUUGUAAUCCUGCAUCUGAGUGUGUGUGCGCGUGUGUGCACAUCUGAGUGUGUUUACACAUCUGUAUUUCAUGUGA